AUGAAAUUGUUCUCCCUUUUAAAACGAAGUCACAAACUUUUUAGAAUACACAGGAACGUCUACAGUGACUCGUACAUAUGCAGGAGCAACGUCAGAUUUUUCCACACGGUAAAUUACGCGCACUUGGCGCAUUUGCUCAGCAAAAAGAGGAGCAAUUCGGACGAAGCGAGUUCGCUGCAUGCUCUGCUCAGCACUUUGACGAAGAGGAAGCACAGCGAAAGUAGCCACUACAGUGAAGCUGGCAGUCACAAGGGGCACACCUGCCACACCGGAGCAAAUCACUCUGAAUACAAAAAGAUUUUAACCAAGUGGAAAGAGCUAGUCAAGAUAUACGUAAGCUGGUUCCCAGAAAUUACCGAAGAUAAGUACAAGUCGAAGUGUUUUUCCCUACCCACCUACCUGGUCAUCCAUGUGGUGGUCCCCUCUAGCAGCGCAUCUGAGACAAACACAUUGCAACAAUUUGAGGAAUUCAAUUUUGACACCCUCCUAAAGGGUAUUUAUCGAAAGGGGGCACACAUUCCUGAUGGGGACCUCCACGAGUGUCUCCCCCAAGCGGCAGAUCACUCUGCUUACAAUGCGAAAGGGGGAGGUGAACCCACUGAUGGGGAGGGAACGCACAGUUUAGGGGAAGAUCCAAGUAGUGGCAAAAAUAAGUCCACCAAGAAAAAAAAAAAAAAAAAUGACAAUUCGGGUAGUUACGAUGUGCACUACGUUAUCGGAAGAAAUACCGGCGAUGCGUACAAUAGGGUAGAAAGCGUGGUAAGUGAGGCGGGUGCUGCCGAACUGGGGGUACAAGUGAACGGUCGAACCGAUCAGAGUGAUAAACGGGAGGCAUGCAGCGAAAGGAACUACUUCUUCUCCCUUAACAUGCUAGAACUGAAAGGUAACGAGGCGGACAGGGAGUUACUAAAUCGAUGUAUUAGGGGAAAUUUCACAGAGAGGGUUACCCCCGUGGUGGAGUCUCAACCGAAUGGUGAUCGUGAGCAUCACCCGUAUCCCUUUCUCUUCAUCGUGUACGACUAUAAAACGCUAAUUCAUGUGUUUAAUAACAUCAAACUGGAAAUGCCAAACGUGGGCAGCGUCUUCGAUGUGUAUAUUCUGAGUUCCCUAUUGCAGCUCGUCCAGAGGGGGGAGAAGCUGCAAAAUGUGUUUAGUGCGUAUGCGGCACAGUCUGGGAGAGGCAUUUCACCGAUGAUGAGUAGCACUCCUGUUGUGGAACUCCCCCCUGUGGAGUCCGCGCAGAAAUGCCACUUUGCCAUUAUGCCCCCCGAAUUUUCGGACGUCAUUUCUGGGAAGUACGGCCUUUUCGGGUGGGGCAAAUACCAGAAGAUGAAAAUAAAGUACCAAAGGGAGAAGAAGGGAAUCCGCGCUGUGGGGGAGAAACCAAAAGAUAACUGCUCCAUUUCGGAGGGUCACUCCCACGAUGGUGUCACGUCCACCCUCCCCAGUGGUGCACACCAACCCAGCAGGGUGAGACAGAACCAUUUUAGCUUCACCCGUGUAGAGGUAAAGGACCAGAAGAGCAUUAAAAAAUUGGCCUUCGGAAAUAAAAGAAGUGUGUGCGAAAUUACGGAGGAAGAUAUGAUCAGCUACUGCAUAUCUAGAAACUGCUGCAUGAUGGCGCUCUUCAACUUUUUGAUGGGCAUAUUUGCAAAGAAUUUGAACUUGUUAAAAAUUUACCUCACAAUUGAGCAGCCACUCAUCAUAUGUAUUAGCGAAAUUGAAAGGAGAGGCAUCUUUUUAAACCAAAAAAAAAUUGAAGAAAUUCACCAAAGUUGUAGUAACCCAGUAGUGUAUAAGCAAGAGAUAGAGCAGCUCUGCGAGUGUAACAUCAAUUUGAAUUCUUCCAAGCAGGUGGCAUCCCUCAUAUAUAGACACCUGCUCGAUAUUGCCUUCAGCCCUAACGUGGAGGUUGCCCCGAUUGGAGACUCAAUGCCUCACGCGGAGAGGGUAAAUUAUGACCAUACCGUUGGAGGGAACAACGGCGGCAAACCGCUAAAUCACUCAGGUGAUGGAUUUUACAACGCGGAAGGGACGUCCAAACCUGGGGGGGAUGCGAAAGGAUCACAGCUGAAAUGUUACAGCGGGGGGAAGAAAGAAGAUACCCUGAGGAGGGGAGCAACUUUAGAAAGGGGUAACUUCCUAAGAAAUAUCAUCACGAAUGGUAACUACGCUGCUUCUUUGGAAAAACCUUCUUUGGCCAUGGGCACAUCGGAAGAAAUGAUGCCACUCCCCCAACUUAACAAUACCAUUAACGAAAUGAGAAGAAGCAAGAACCUGCAAACGAACAACAAAACGCUGAAACUCAUUGUAGACGAAAUUGAACGAAAUGAACAUAUAACAGAAAAGGAAAAGGAAAAAAUUAAGAAAAUUAUUAGCAACGUGAAGCUCUACAGGGAGUCCAAAAAGCUGUUUCAGAAUUAUAUAGAAAAUCUGCCCAAGUUCAUACAGAAGGAGACGAACAAGAUUCACUGCAACUUCAAUCAGAUAGGGGCGUCCACGGGCCGGCUCUCCUGCGAGCAGCCCAACCUGCAGAACAUCCACUCGAGGUUCCGCUGCGCGGUAUCGCUCAAGGGGGGGGAGGUUGGCGGCGAAGAGAGGGGUAGCGGAGAGCGAGGCAUCGCCAAUCAAUGCAGCGCCAAUCGAGGCAGUGUAGAAGUGGGAGGGAAUAACCUAACCACAGCGGAGAACCCCCCUCCAGCGAACUUCACCUGUGAGGGAGCUCCCCCCGAUGGCGAAAACCUCAUCACCUUCGACUACAAACAGAUGGAGUUGUUCGUCAUGGCGUACCUCAGCUUCGACGUGCAGCUUCUGAAGAUGCUGCAGAGCGGCGAUGUCUUCGUUGAGACCGCCAAGGUGCUGUUUAACACAACGCAGGUGACGAGCGAGCUGAGGAGAAUGACCAAAACGGUGAUCUAUGGGAUUCUCUACGGACAGACUGAAAACGGAUUGGCCAAAAGCCUCCUAAUAAGCGAAGGAAUGGCAAGCAACUUAAUUUCUAAUUUCUUUCAGGUUUUCCCAAACGUGUAUAGAUUUAUGCAGAUGCAGAAAAUUCUGCUUAAGCAUAUGAAUAGAGUUUACACGUUAAUCGGGCGCAAGAGGGUAAUCGAGCCCACCAUCAAGAACAAAUAUCGGAUCAGUAUGAAUACGCCCAUUCAGGGGUGCGCGGCGGACGUCAUGAAGUUCGCCCUGCUGUCCUGCUUCUGCAUCAUGACGCAUGGGUGGCCCCAAAGCGCACGCCUCUUAAAAAUAAACAACGUGAGUGCAGCCGUAUUGGAAGAAAACAAGCCAUUCUUAAAAGCGACCAAAUUAAUUUUGCAAGUGCACGAUGAACUCCUAUUUGAGAGCACCAGAAGAGCCACUGACCCAAUCAUUCGACUCUUCAGCCCAGUCCUGGAAAACGCCUUUUACAAUUUAAUUCACUACACAAAUACGUCCGAUAGGUUGGUCCUCCUUUACGACUACAUGCAUGACCAUAUCUCUGUGCAGACGUAUAUAGAGUAUCUCCAACUGUCUAACAAUGGCCAGACGUGGGAUUUCCAUUCCGAUGGAUCAACUGAUAGGCACUGUAAUUCGUCCAGCAAAUUAAAUUCAAUUUUUGAAAAGUUCAAUUUUACCUUACCAAUUAAGGUAGAAAAGGGAGACUACUAUAAGGAGUUUUCUUAA